UAAACCACUCGUAAGACCACAUGUUUUAAAUGCAUUUCAUUUGAUUCACUCAUUAUUACCAUUCAUUAGAGACAAUGGAUAAGAAUUUGGUUAACAAUCAGAUAGUUUUGAUGCGAAAGACAGUGCGAAACGCAAAGCGUUUUGUUUACCAGAAACUCACGAAACAUAUCAAGAAAUUAAAGACCACUUCAACCAAAGGAAAACCGGAAGAUGUGAUCAAAAGACAUGAGAAGAAGUUGGCCAACAAAGAGAAACUAUUGGUUUGCAUGAGAGGUGUGAAUGUGGACGAAGUGUCCAAACAGGCGUUGAUUCACAACAAGACAUACUUUGACGAUAUCAUCAAAAGUAGCCAAAGCAGUAUUGAAUUGAAAUGUUUGGCCAGAAUUGCAAUCAAUGAAAGUGUGAAGAAAGCGGUCGAGAAGUUCAAAGAGGAGAACCCAAACUGCGAUCAAUGGCUUCCCUCACAGAUAGAGCUCUGGGACCACAAGAAGUCCAUCAAAAGGGAGAGACUCCGCAAAAAUAAAGGACUCAAAGACGACGACAAGAACGAGUCAAACGAAAGCCAUAUGAAGACUAAUGAAUCGGAUCUGAAGACAAAGGUUGACACGGAAGGCAAGAAGAAGCCGAAAGCCAACAAUAAGAAAGUGAACGCCAAACGUGAGGAUCAGAUUAAGACAAAUACAGAUAAAGAAGCGAAGAAAGAGCAAAAUGUUGUCGAAACUAAAAAACCAAAGUUUGAUCCGUUCUUCUUAUCUGAUAAUAUGGACGAAAAUGAAGAACUUUCUGACGAUAGUAUCGAUACAAAUGAGAGGCAAAUAAAUGUGAGAAAUAGACCACAAAAUAAAGGUUUCAAAUCAGAGCAAAGGAGAGACCAAUACUCGAAACGUAUAGAAAAGAAUCCGUCGAGAAAUGAAAGAAAUUUUAAACCCGAUUAUAAGACUAAGACGUUUGACAAGAGUAAUAAAAAUGACAACAAAUCCAAAGGUGUGGCCCAAAGCAGAGGUAACACCAGUAAUGAAGGUUCGGGUGAAUCACUGCACCCCUCGUGGGCGGCCAAGAAAUCGGCAAAAGACAAGUUUAAGAUCGAUUUCAAUCAGAAACCUUUGGCUAAGAAAAUCAAAUUCAGUGAUAACUAAGUUUUUAUUCUAAUAAUAAUAAUUUUGUGACAUUACCAGUAUAAUCUUACACUUAUAAAACAAUUUUAACAAAUAAAUAGCUAAUCAUUUUGGAGAC